AUGGGAACUACUGCGAGAGGUUGUCCCAGCCAUUCAGAACAACCAAUGCAAUUGAAGCCACCAGGGUCACCAUUCAGAUGCAGUGGAUGUCGAGAAGUGGGGUUUGGACGUAGUUACCACUGUGGUUUCAAUAACUGCAGUUACAUCCUCCAUGAGGAGUGUUCAAAUGCUGCUUCCCUUGCCUUUCAUCCAUCUUUCCCUAGAAGCCAUUUUGAGUUAUAUGAGAAAGCACCGGGACACCGCGGUAGAUAUUGUGAUGCUUGUGGAAAGGAUGUGCUAGGGUUUGUCUACCAUUGCUCCCGUACAGGUUAUGAUUUACAUCCAUGCUGUUUAAAGCUGAAACAUAGCAUUUCUGAUGAAGAAGGGCUUGUGACCCUUAAACUGUGUCAGAAGGUUCCUUCAAAGUGUGUCAAGUGUAAGCAUAGGAAUGUUGUGGAGGGAAUCAAAGGGUGGUCUUUUGUAUCUUCAGGUUCUGGGGGUAACUAUUGUUACCAUGUGUCGUGCUUCAAGCAACUAAUUCUUGAGAACUUGAAUAAAGGUUAUUUUACUCAAGAAACCGAUUCAAUUGGGAUGAGUGACAGGGAGUACUCUGAACUUGCACUGAGAAGCAUUGAAAUGGUACAAAGUGGUAGUGGACGAAGUUCAAGGAGGUCAGGGACGAUUAAGAAGUACACCAAGAUUGCUGUGUUGAUAUUUAAACUAAUAUUUUCAGCUGUUUUUGGAAAUCCUAUAACUGCCAUUGCUUCUCUUGUGGAAGCUCUAGUUUUAGAUUGA